AGCAGAUCACAUGAUAUGACAAAGCAGCUAGCUGCUUCCUGUAGACUGCUAACCUAGUCACAUCCAGACGGCUGCACAGACUGAGACUACCGUGUCAUCCAAGAUGCUGGCCCUCAUAAACAGGCUCCUGGACUGGUUCAGGUCCCUCUUUUGGAAGGAGGAGAUGGAGCUGACAUUAGUGGGGCUUCAGUACUCCGGAAAAACCACAUUCGUCAACGUGAUUGCAUCAGGGCAGUUCAGUGAGGACAUGAUUCCUACAGUGGGGUUCAACAUGCGGAAGGUCACUAAAGGCAAUGUGACAAUAAAGAUAUGGGACAUAGGUGGACAGCCCCGCUUCAGAAGCAUGUGGGAGCGCUACUGUAGAGGAGUCAAUGCUAUUGUUUACAUGGUGGAUGCAGCAGACCGGGAGAAGAUAGAAGCUUCCAGAAACGAACUGCACAACCUUUUAGACAAACCACAACUACAAGGAAUUCCUGUUCUAGUCCUUGGAAACAAACGAGACCUACCCAACGCACUCGAUGAGAAGCAGCUCAUUGAGAAAAUGAACCUAUCUGCCAUUCAGGACCGAGAGAUCUGCUGCUACUCUGUCUCCUGCAAAGAGAAAGACAACAUAGAUAUCACACUGCAGUGGCUCAUCCAGCAUUCAAAGUCUCGGAGAAGCUGAAAGUGAAGCCCUGCCCUCCUCCCCUGGUCGCAGCUCUGGCCUCAGCCCCCUUACGGUCAUGGGUCCUCGACAGUCAUCCCUUCCACUGCCUCUGUGAAGUAAUCCAGCUCUCUCUGCUCACUACCGUCGCCACCUGCACCACCCAGUACACUACCAUAGAUGUGUAGCCCCUGUACAGCACUACCACCACCCCCAACAAUCUGGAGUCUUGAAAAGUUGUCUCACUACUGUGCUAGAAGGUGGAUUGUCCAUACCCAUCAUGCCUUAUCGCUCAUCAUUACGGACACGCUCUGCGUCUGUGUACAUCAUGGAGUUUUUUUCUUUUUUCUUUUCUUUUUUGGUUUCCAGGAUCUAAUGCUAUUGCGGUGUACUGUUCCCCAGCUACACUAGGACGGAGCUCCUCUAAUCCCACAGUCAAACGUCUGUUCUGUUGCCUGUCAACAUUUGGUGUUUACGUGGCAUUGUGUGAUUGUAAUUUUUAACAGUUAUUUGCCAAAUGACGAUGGUUGCUUGUGCUAAUGCCUUCAAUUCCUGAUAAACUCUUAGCAAUGUAGCCUGCAUUUUAUUUGCUGGCGUAUGGAAGUGUCUGUUUUAUUAAGUGACUUGAAUCAAAGUUUACACAAAACACAAAGAUCAAUAGAAGGUAAGACUUUGAGUGGCUGUUGCGUCUGAGGCAAAAAUCCUAAGCAAAGUUUUAAGUGCCUUCGGCUAAGAGAGCGUCCCAAUCAGACAGUUAUGGCCCAACGCAGUUUGUAUCCCACUAUUUUAAAUAAACUCUUGGUACAGUCACGGCAUAAAUCCUUUGACUAUACUGAACACCACCUCUUGACAAUCUCAUGUUAUGCUUUGUAAUCAUGUAAAUGCAUUAUUAUAUCUGAGAAACGGUAAAGACAGUACUGUACCAACGAUGAAGAAUGAGCAAUGAAGAAAUGGAUGAUGAAUGAGAAAAUGUUACAUUGUGUUUGGUUGCUGGGUAAUUUGAAUGGUGUUUCACUUUGUAGCUUGUGACUUCUUCUCUAUGUAGCUCUUUGGAUAACUUCUGCUUGAAGGGAUUUAAAAAAGAAAAUAGUCUGAAAGCGGUAUGAGUGUGUCCAAGUGUCUCAUAGUCGUUUUGUGUUUGCUUGAGUUGGAUAACGGGAAGCCAGUGUUGGUCAUGAUGAAUGAGCUUACAGAGGACAGUCGGUUAGUUUAAAGCGCUGGAUGCCUGAUGUCAUCUGUGCUUUGCCACACCCUUAUCUGAAUCCGGAUGUCUUUUUGUAAUAGUCCAAGGUCGAAGCUGUCUACUCUAAAAACGACGUAUUGAUUGACAUGCCAUUCCCUUUCAGCGAAAAGACAAUGAUUUCUCACAGGUUUGACCACUGUAUAUCGAUCUGCCCUUCGCUUGGCCAAUCGCAUCUCGAUGGAGUAUCUUUUUUCUCUUUUGGUUGUUUGCGUGACCCCAGAUCGGGGUGAAUUAUCACUUCUGCUCCAAUACUGUAUGUAGGCCUACAUGACUUCUGCAUAAUACUGUCCACAGAUCCAUCCCUGCUCUCUCACACGUUGUUCUGUGUCUGUGGGUGAUCGUCGUGAUCAUAAAUGUCGAUUGUUGGGACCACAGCAGCAGUGAGGGGCUGUAUAAUUGAGUGACUGUGUGGGUAAUUUGGGGAAAGCUUUGUUACCUGUGUAAUAAUAUAGCCUAUUUGCAAUUUGUAUGUGCAUGUGCUCAACUUAUUCACAUUCAAUUGCAGACUUUGUAAAUAAGAAAGUUAGCAUUUUUAUUCCAACAAAUGCUCCUGUAGAUGUCAUGCAUUCUCUCCCUGUGAUUGCUAAUAAAUUUGUUUUUAUUUUUAAGGA